AUGGGCUUAGGCGCCAGCGUGAGAGGUGUGGGUGCAAUUGCUGGAGCGACUGCGGUUGGCUUGCCGUCGACCACUGCAAGAGCGGGAGUGUUUGGCACAGAUCCAGAGACCGAAGCUCCGGCAGGAGUUGCCGGCUUUGCUGCUGUUGCCGGUGGAAGUGCCGAAGCGGCAGCUGGUGUUGCUGCACCACCAGCAGGAGCUGGCUUGCCUACCAAAGUCGAGGCUGGCGCGGAUGCCGCUGCUACCACGGCUGGCGCAGAUGCUGUCGACGCUGCAGCAGAUGUGGCGGGAUUUGAUGCCGGAUUUGGGGACGCGGGCGAUGCUGCAGGCUUCGGCGUGACCGCAGGACGAGCUGCCAAGCCGCUCUGA